AUGCCUCCAGCAAAGCAGUGGGACAAUGAGGACAGCGAGUCUGAUACCCCUCCCACCUCACCUGUGGUUGCCGCCCCCCGCCGACGACAGUUUGACGACGAAGAAGACGACGAUGAUCUUUCCAUCAAGGUGCUGGACUCUUGGGAUGCCGCCGAAGACUCCGAAGUAGAGCGCGAAAGAGCGAAGAAGGCGGCCGAAACGAAGGGGAAGAAGUCUGCCGAGGACGCCGCCAACAAGAAAUCUAAAGUGCAGCGCAUCGCUGAUCAUCAGAAGGAGCGCGCGCGCAUGCGUGAAGAGGAAGACGACGAGUCCGAAGAAGAAGAUGAAGCCGAACGCCGCGCUCGCCUUCGUCGCACCGAACAGGAGGCUGAUCUUCGCCAUGCCGAGGACCUCUUUGAUGGCAUUGGCAUCAGCAACAACCGUGCCAAGACCAUUCCCGGCUCCAACGUUGCUGUUGAUUCCAAGGACUCCGUCAACACCGUCGACCUUGCUAAACUGCCCAUUUUCAAUCCCCAGACCAAGAAGCAAUUUGAGCAGCUUCGCCAGGUUCUUGUCCCUGUGAUUGCCGCUAACGGCAAGAAAGGUCACUACGGCCUAUUUCUCGAAGAAUUUGCCAAGGAGCUCGCUAAAGAGUUACCUAGCGAGCAAAUCAAGAAGAUCGCGAGCUCUCUCACCCGCGCUGGUAACGAGAAACAAAAGACUGAGAAGUCUGCCGACAAGACUGGCAAAAAGACUAAGGCUGCUAAGACUAAGAACUCGCUCGUCACCACCCGCGCCAACACGAAUGACAUGGAGACGUACGACAAUGACGCCUUCGGCGAUGACGACUUUAUGUGA